AGUAACUCCAACAGGUUUGCCAGCUCCUAUUCUUCCUAUCUCUCUUCUCUACUGGAAAAACCAGAAUCUUUCAACUUCCUUUCUCUCCACUCUCCAUAUCUCUCGCUGUGGAGCCCACAAACCAAGCUGGUAGUGACGGUUGGCAAGCCUCAAACAUGGCGGACGCGUACUGGAGGUACAGCGACGGUCGACAACCGCCGCCCUCGGCGAUGAAUUCAGUCGUUGGAAAGCGUCCUCGCUCCGAUUACGACACCCAGGGUGGUCAAGACCUCCCUAACUAUUAUCCCCAUGAAGAUGAUAGAGGUUCUAUGCGAGGAAUUAGAGAUACCGACUCCAUAAAUGCGUCGUAUGAUCGCUACCUGCGCAAUGCGCAAAUGUCAUCAUAUAGCGGGGGACAGUCUGCUAGAAACAUGAGUGGAGGACCACCUGGUCGUGCUGUUGAGGAUCCACACAUGAUGGGAAUUGGGGGUGUUGACCCUGGGGCACCUGCAAAAGAUAGGGUCUUAGGAAUGGGAAGUGGACGGCCUGAUGCUCCCCUUCCUCCUGGUGCUACCAGUACGCUAUUUGUGGAGGGAUUGCCUCCCAACUGUACAAGACGUGAAGUAGCUCAUAUCUUUCGCCCUUUCGUUGGCUACAAGGAAGUGAGACUCGUGAGCAAGGAAUCCAGACAUCCUGGAGGAGAUCCACUGGUACUUUGUUUUGUUGAUUUUGUGAGUCCGGCCCAUGCAGCAACUGCUAUGGAUGCAUUGCAAGGUUAUAAAUUCGAUGAGCAUGACCGUGACUCAGUCAAUUUAAGGUUGCAAUUCGCUCGCUAUCCUGGUGCGAGGUCAGGUGGUGGGCACCGAGGGAAGCGUUGAAUUAUGCGGUUUUUCAGGACUUGCUUGAUUUGGGAGGUUGUGAUAAUGAGGGGCGAUACAACAAACUUGCAGUUUCGAGAAUUAAUGGUGCAUAGUUAGGACCAACUCGAUUGGGUGGUUCCCGAUAAUUUAAGACUGCUUUUCUGUGUGUAGACAACAGCAGACUUUAUUUCCUUUAUUUUGAUUCGAACUGUUCGGUCUGGUUACCAGUAUGAUUACAUACAGACUAUUUCGCCAUAUGCGAUUGCUAGAAAAUGUAAACUUAUUUGAAGUUAAACGUGUUGAAGUCUCCUUGCAUUUGCAUAUGCUCUGGGAUUAGGGUCUAGAUUUGAUAUUGUUCCUUGAUGAAGUGUGGUAACUGUUGUAGGUUUCAUUUUACUGUACUGAAAGUAACUGCCUUUUGUGGUAACUGUUGUAGGUCUCAUUUUAUAUUGAAAAUAACUGGCCUUUUCUUUGUCA